ACUAGGAGUUGGACGCUCUCAGAUGAUUAAAGCGAUUUAUAGACAGGCAAACCAAGAUUGGAAACUGCUGAACCAAACCCAGAGAUAUUUGUAUCAAGAGAAAUACAAGGAAAAACUUAAGGAACACAACCGAAAAGUACAGGAUUGGAAAAUUAAAAAUAGGGGAACCCAGAUGUACGAGCGGAUACAAGAACUUGAAAAACAACUGAUAAAAGAUAAAAACCCUGCUUCCAAACAUUUAGAAUAAAAUUUACUCUCUGUUGUUACAACAUUCUGAAGAAAUAUCAAUCGAAAUUAUAAAUUUUUAAAAUUUAAGAUAAAAAUGUCAGAUGUUCGUUCUUCAGAAAAGGGGGAAAAAGAAGAAGAGAAGGAUAUGGGAAAGGAAGCUGGAAAAAAAGAAAAGAGGAAAGAAACUUUCUUCUAUCUCCAUUCAAAAGAAAAAAUGGCGCAAUUAAGAGGGUCAAGAUUGUGGAGGAGUGGGAAGGGUGAAGAACUAGAUCCUGAGAUUAAGGAUGAAUCUCCAGUAGCAGUAGACCCAGAACAAACUGGAGAACAUCAAACCUUGUCUCUGAAAGAUCUUCAAGUUUCUGACGCGAAACAGUGUUCCUACUGUAGAGUAGAGUUCCUAAAUAUCCAGGAACAACGAGGUCACUAUAAACUAGACUGGCACAGGUAUAACCUGAAGCUGAGCCUGGAGUCCCGGGCUGCAGUAUCCGAGGAAGAGUUCUCCAGUAUCCUUGAGAAGGCGGAGACAGAGGACGGAAAUAUUUCAAUCUCAGGAUCAGAUUCAGAGGAUGAGGAUGACGAGGAUGAAUAUACCCUGGCCUCGAGGGAUCCUCGCUUUUACCUCAAAACAUCUUCUGGGAAUAUUGUAUCCAUAUUCAAGACCUUGAUAGUUGUUCCAAAAUCUCGAGAUCUACCUUCAGAGUCAGCUCUACAAACAGCUUUAGAUCGAUUGGUUGGUGUGAAUACCUGGGCAAUAUUUAUGCUUGGGGGUGGACACUUUGCUGGGGCAGUUUUCAGGGACAAUCAGGUGUUAGUUCACAAGACCUUCCAUUGUUAUACAGUUCGAGCAAAACAGGGAGGAAGUCAGGGAUCAGCUGAUAAUAAAGCAGGGAGUACGCAUAAAAGUGCUGGAGCCAGUCUCAGACGGUACAAUGAAAUGGCGCUUAUUCAGCAUGUCCAGGAUAUCACUAAACUGUGGUCCGCUGAGCUUGCCAGCUGUUCAUUAAUAUUCUGUCGUGCCGCCAGCUCAAAUAGAAAUGUUUUGUUUGGCGGCAAACAACCAGCACUUGCAAGGAAUGACCCCAGACUACGAAGCAUACCGUUCCCCACCAAAAGAGCAACAUUUAGUGAGGUUAAACGAGUUCAAGAUCUACUCUCUAGGGUUGAAAUACACCAGGAAGCAGAUCUUUUCCACGCAAGUCGACCGACUAACAAGGUAAAAGAAGGACGUAUUCGGAGAUCUAAAUCUAGGGAUUUACCUGCUAGGAUAAUACCAGGUAUUGGUAAUGAUGCUGUUGAAUCUGACCCUGAAGAUGAGAAUGAGUCGGAGCUGAAUCUUGAGGUUGAGAUACAGGAUACUAGACACCUGGCAGAGUUCGAUCAGAGUAAUGCAAAGAAGAAGAAGAAGAAAAAGACGAGUGUUGGAUUAACGGAAAAAGAAGACUCUGAGAACGGAGCUAGUGGUCGAAGUAUAGCUCUUCAAAACCGGUUCCUUACUGCGGUUAGAUCAGGAAACAUGAGAGACUUAAACGAGUGUGUGGAACAACUCCUAAGCGAGGUUCCUGAAGAGCCAGGGGCUUCAAUGGCUCCAGGAGACUUAAAUGAUAAAACUGAAUCUGUGAUAAACAAGGAGAAAGAUAUGACUGUGAUAGAAGACAUUGUAAAUAGGCAGUUUGGUGAGGGUAAGCUGACCUUCCUACAUCUAGCUGCUCAAGCAGGACACAGAUCAAUUGUUGGACGAUUGCUAGAGUUGGGCUCAGAUCCAUGUGUCAGGGAUAAGUUGAAACGUGUUCCCUACACCCUUGCUCAAGAUAAAGAGACAAGGAAUAUAUUUAGGAAGUUUCAGGGUAAUUUUCCAAACAGAUAUGACUGGAAGGGUGCCCAGGUCCCACCUCCUCUAACACAACAGGAAGAAGAGGAAAAGGAACGGAAACAGAGCGAGAAGAAGAAAGCAAAACGAUUAGAGAAAAAGGAGAAGGAUAAACUAGUAAAAGAAGAGGACAGACUGAAAAAAGAACAAGAGAAGGAAAAGGAAAGAUACUUGAACUUAUCCGACAGAGAAAAGAGAGCUUUAGCCGCAGAAAGACGACUGUUAGCUUCUUCCAGUGUUGUGCUGCUCAGAUGCUUUCAGUGUGGUUUGGAUAUAUCAGGAAAGGUUCCGUUUUGUUAUUCAGACAACAGCUUCUGUUCUCCAGCCUGCGUUAAGAAACAUCGCGAAAAUAACAAAUAACAGGGGGGUAUUCAGGAAUUUGUCUAG